UGCAUAGUCCGAUGUUCCUAGCCUUCCCCAUGACCCAACUACAUAUAACGCAUCUCAUGUACCGGUAUAAAUGCCGUCCGCACCUGUGAUCACCUGUCUUUCAAUCAUAGUUUUGGACCAUGGAUUCCAAACUUGGAGGUGAUGAUCGACGCAGCUUGUUUUCAAAUUCAGCUCUUCCUUUGCCUCGAGGAGUCUGCAUGUACCAGAAGUUGCCUCCCACAACAACUUAUUCGCUUUCUCAUUGCUUCAGAAAAUGGCCCAUUGGAACAAGGAUCAAUGGGGAGUGCAACAGGCACAGGGGUAUUCGCCAUUCUAUACUACCCUCGGCGCAGAGCCGACGCCUGGACACUCUCAACCAUAUGCGCAACCAGUCGUUCAGCCGCAGUACGAUCCACAAUCAUCUGCAAACCAAAAAACACCCUUCGACGACGGUCGGUUUGAGCCGAAGAAGCAGGUCAACGACAUUCUCUUCCUGGUCCUUUUCAUUCUGCAGUUUGCCGGAUUUGUCGCGCUUUCAGGAAUUGCCCUCUCAGGAUACGUGUCGGAUAACGGACUCGGGGGUGGUGUAGGCAAUGGCUCUCAGGUUGGCUCGUCGGUGACCCUCAAUCGGCAUACUGCCUACCUUCUGUUGUUUGUCACUGCAGCAGCUCUUGUCUUAUCUACAGCCUAUUUGAUACUCGCACGCAUCUUUACACGGGCCUUGAUGCACAUCACUCUCGUUUUGUCUGUAACACUCAACAUCGCCAUUUGCGUUUAUUACUGGAUCACUGGCUACUAUUCUGGUGCCAUCAUAUUCACUAUCAUUGCCUUGAUUUCGAUCUUUGCCUAUUUUGGCUUUAGGUCCCGCAUUCCAUUGGCGUCACUACUCCUGCAAGUAGUAAUGGAUAUCUCCAAACAUCACAAGAGCGUCUACGUCGUUGUCUUCAUCGCCUUGAUUUUGCAAGCUGCUCUAACCGUGUGGUUUUCCUAUACACUGAUUGCGAUAUAUACGAAAUGGACACCUGGCAAUCCAAGUUGCGACAGCGGAACGUCUUGUUCUGGAAGUACUGUGGCAGGCCUAGUAUUCUAUGCAAUAUUUUCGUACCUCUGGACAUCUCAAGUCAUCGGUAACGUCGCCUUAGCCACUCUUGCUGGUGGACCGUACGGAAGUUGGUAUUACUUCGGACCUCAAGAGCAGCAACUGAUGCCAAAGCAUCCAACCCUUAGCGCAUUUGGACGUGCUUCAACGCUUUCUCUUGGGUCGAUAGCAUUUGGAUCCUUGAUUGUCACUAUUUUGGAAAUUGUUCGCCUUGUGCUAAAUGCUGCGAGGAACAAUGCAAAUGCGCAAGGGAGCUUCGUUGAAGCAUGUCUUGCUUGCUGCGCAGAGUUCUUCGUUGGGUGUAUUGAAGGACUGGUAAGGUACUUCAAUAGGUAUGCCUACAUCGAGAUCGCGCUCUAUGGAAAACCUUACAUUAAAGCAGCAAAAGACACUUGGACCAUGUUCAUGGAUCGUGGUACGCUCCGUUAUCGUUUGUUUUCCCGUAAGCACUCUCAGGAUUCUAAUAUUGUAGGAAUUGAUGCGCUUGUCAACGAUUCAUUGGUUGGCAUGACUUUGACGUGGGGAGCGUAUGCCAUUGGGCUUCUAUGCUCACUCUUUGGAUAUCUCUACCUGCGCCUGACACAUCCUGCAUAUAACGCCGAUGGACAGUACACAGCGCCAGUUGUCUUGUUUGGAUUCCUCAUCGGACUGCAAUGUUCGAUGACAAUGUCCGCUGCCAUAGAGGCUGGAGUGUCUACUAUCUUCGUGGGUCUCGGAGAAGAUCCACAAGUAUUAGCUGCACGCGCACCUGACCUAUUUAGGCUCAUUGCUCUUACUUAUCCUCGUGUCGUUCAAGGGGUACCGAGGGUUUGAUGCUCUCGAUGUGGCGAUGUCCGGAUAUUUUGUGUGGCCGGAUCCGGCUUAGGUCCCUGCGUCGAAACAAGUUUUUGAGAUCCAUUCAACAUGAACGCAUGUUACUGUAUAAAGCCUCAAGUAUGAACGUGAACCGAACUACAGAUUGUCGAGUCAUACGGCUAUG